AUCAUGAUCUUCACCCAGACCAUUAUCCUGGGCCUCGCGGCUCUUGCUGCUGCCCACCCGGGCCAUGAGGAGGAGGAGCACCGCCAUGCCGUCGAGAGCCGCAGCGCUCACAUCUCCAACAAGCGUGCCCUCGAGAACUGCGCUGCCAAGCUUGAGGCUCGCGGCCACACUGCCCGUGCCAUCGAGCGUCGCAAGGCCACCAUGGAGAAGCACCGCAUGGCGAGGAACAUUGCCAAGGACUCCCCCAUCAUGAAGCGUAACACCACUACGGUUCUGGACACUGACCACGAGGGUGACCUUAAUGCCACCACUGCCAUCAGCGACGAGACUUACGUCUUCGCUGACGACACCUGCACCGUGCUCAACCCUGAGGGCGAGGUUGGCCCAUUCUACGUCUUGGGCGAGUACGUCCGCUCCGACGUGACCGAUGGCCAAGAGGGCGUCACUAUUGUCUCGGACUACCAGUUCAUCGACGUGUCCACCUGUGAACCUCUCUCCGGCGUCUGGGCUGAUGUCUGGAACGCCAACGCCACUGGUGUCUAUGCCGGUGUCCAGGAGAACGGCAACGGUAACGCGGAUGACGCCUCCAACCUGAACACCACCUUCCUCCGCGGUAUCCAGCAGGCCGACGACGACGGUGUCGUCCAGUUCACCACUCUGUUCCCCGGACACUACUCUGGUCGCACCAACCACAUCCACAUUGUGCUCCACGAGAACGCCACCGAGCUCGCCAACGGCACCAUCACUGGCGGCAGCGUCUCCCACAUCGGACAGUUCUUCUGGGACCAGUCUCUGAUCGACCUUGUCGAAGCCACCAGCCCCUACAACACCAACACCAACCCCAUCACCACCAAUGCUGACGACCGUGUCUUUGGUGAGCAGGAGACCGAGGAUACCACUUCUGACCCUGUCUUCAACUACGUCUACUUCAGCGACGACGGUGAUCUGAGCGAGGGUCUCUUCACUUGGAUCCUGGUUGGCAUCAACACCACCGCUUCGUACACUCCUACCUACUCCUUCGAGUUGACCUCCGGCGGUGGCGUUGCUGUCAGCGGCGGUGACUCUGGCCCCGGCGGCGCUGGCGGCCUCGGCUCCGGUGGCUUCGGUGGCAUCCCGUAAGCCAAGAGGGCUCAGUACCUGAACCAAAAGUGGUGUCGAAAAGGACCUACAUGGUCAUGAACCCUUGAAGUGUCGGCUAUCAACUUCGUACCUGUCAAUAUUAUCCCAGUUCUUACAACCGAUUGCUAUGAGCCAUUAGCAUAUCAGUACAUAGCUCGCUCCCUAUUUGUACGUCGAGGUAAACAAGGAAGCAUUUGGAAUGAAAAGCUUCCGAUUAUCCUUUGGGGUACGCA